AUGCCAUCGCCAGGCCGUAAUACAGCUGCUGCUGAUCGAACGAGGUCUUCACCGCCAGCAAUCGCGGAAGAUCGUCCGCCAGAUGAAGAUCCCGGACCUGGUGGUGGCCCAAGUUCACAGCCUGAACCACCACCCACACAAUUGGAUCCGAACCAGCCCAUCGAAGUUGAUGUAGGAACUAUAUUCUUUCAUUGUGCCGUCCUCGUCUCAUUGUGCGUGGAUUUGGAUUCUGCCUACGGUGAUUCAGUACACAGUGACUUGACGUCGUUGGCGUCCAGCAUUACUCGAGGUGUCUGGGAAUAUGGCCGACGAUACCACUCCUAUGGUCGAUCCCAGUACGCCUUCCCCAACGACGACGCCGAGGCCGAAAGACUCGACAUGCAACACGCCAUGCAGACACACCUGCUGGGCGACCGACUGUUUUGGGCGCCCAUCAACCCCAACCCGGCCAGGGUGCUGGAUCUCGGGACCGGCACGGGCAUCUGGGCCAUUGAGUUUGCCGACAUGUUCCCGUCCGCCGUGGUCACGGGCACCGACCUGAGUCCCAUCCAGCCCGAGUGGGUGCCGCCGAACUGCAGUUUCGAGAUCGACGACGCAGAGGCUGAGUGGACGUGGGAGGAGGCUUCUUUUGACUACAUCCACAACCGCAACUUUGUCUGCGCGAUUCGAGACUGGCCCAAGCUGAUUCGCCAAUGCUACCAAUUUGUCAAGCCUGGUGGCUGGGUAGAGUGGCAUGAAAAGCACCCCUAUCUCCUCAGCGACGAUGGGUCUCUGCCGAAAGACUCGGCUCUUUUCCAAUGGGGAGCCAAAUUCUUCGAAGCCAGCAUCCAAUUCGGGACCGACGCCCGAUCGCCCCAGCACCUGAAACGGCUAAUGGAAGAGGCCGGGUUUGUGGAUGUUCAAGAGCACAUCCUCAAACUCCCCAUCGGGUCGUGGCCGAAAGACCAGCGCCUCAAGGAAGUCGGUCUGUUCGAGACGGUCAACAUGACCGAGGGGAUCCAGGGCUUGACCAUCAUGCUCUUCACCCGCUGUCUGCACUGGAGUGCCGCCGAGGUCGAAUCGUUCCUCUUGGAGGUACGCAGGGACGUCAAGAACAGGGCUAUCCACAGCUAUUAUCAUUUGUGA